UAUUAGGUAUCGUACAUAACGUGCCCCGUAACGUAAAAAAGCUUAAAAAUACUAAAUAGAAAUAAUGGCACCCUUUAAAAUUGUUAUGGUUCGUCAUGGAGAGUCAGAAUGGAAUGAAAAGAAUCUAUUUUGUGGAUGGUUUGAUGCAAAUUUAAGUGAAAAAGGUAAACAAGAAGCCAUUAAUGCCGGAAAAGCACUAAAAAAUGCAGGAUAUAAAUUUGAUAUUGCAUAUACAUCUGUUCUUACAAGAGCCCAGAAUACACUUAACUCAAUAAUCAAAGAAAUUGGCCAAGAGAAUUUGGAAACUAUAAAAACUUGGAGACUCAAUGAAAGACAUUAUGGUGGUCUCACUGGCUUAAAUAAAGCAGAAACAGCAGCCAAAUAUGGAGAUGAGCAGGUAGCAAUUUGGCGGCGCAGUUUUGACAUUCCACCUCCACCAAUGGAAGCAGACCAUGCUUAUCAUGAUACCAUUGUAAAAGAUGCCCGAUAUGCUGAUGGUCCUGCGCCAGAUCAGUUUCCCAAAUUUGAAUCCUUAAAGCUAACCAUUGAACGUACUUUGCCCUUCUGGAAUGAAACUAUUGUUCCACAAAUUAAAGCUGGAAAGCAGAUCUUAAUUGCAGCACAUGGUAACAGUUUGAGAGGAAUCGUAAAGCAUCUUGACCAGCUUACUGACGACCAAAUUAUGCAGUUAAAUUUGCCAACAGGAAUUCCAUUUGUCUAUACAUUAGAUGAAAAUUUGAAACCAAUAAAGAGCUUAGAAUUCCUAGGAGAUCCAGAAACUGUGAAAAAAGCUAUGGAAGCUGUAGCUGCCCAAGGAAAAGCCAAAUAAGCAUUAUAUUUAUUAUUUAUUGUUUUAAUUUAUAUACAAAUCAUUUAUUGUUAGAUAUUUCAUGUAUAAUGAAUAAAUGGUUAGGCUGACUUGUAACACUCAGCAGAAAUGUUAUGUGC